AGUCACAACGAAGGAAGGGCUGCGCGCGCGCGUUUUUCCCAGCGAGGUAGCGGGAGGAUUGCAGACGAGUGCUACAGAGCUCGGCGUGGUCUCCGUGGUAACCGGCUACUGCUGAACCCCGAGUGUAGCUGCCCCACUGUGACAAGCGCCUGAAAUAGCGCGAGGCCAAGGGCGCUUGCAGUGGGAGGGAACACGAGGCUCCAACGCUUGCUCCGCCGCGCUGAAACCUGUCCCCGAGGCGGGUUCGCCAACUGCUACUCUCCCUAGAGGAGGCUGGCGGGAGGCGCGGGCGGAGCUGGGGAGCGGAGGUGGGUGAACGCCCGGGGGGCGCUGCCUGCCAGACUGGCCGCCCGCUUUCUGCCGGAUGGCCAAAGUUUGUGCCAUUUUUGGAGGAUCCCGAGGAAUUGGAAAAGCUGUUGCACAACUGCUGGCAUGGAAAGGAUACCGCUUGGCUAUUAUUGCUAGAAAUCUGGAAGUAGCUCAAACUACUGUGAAUCACCUUGGGGCAGGUCAUAUGGCACUUAGCUGUGAUGUAGCCAUGGAACAAGAUGUCCAAAAUACACUUGAGGAGGUGGAGAAGAAUUUAGGUCAUGUUAAUUACUUGGUUAAUGCUGCUGGAAUCAACAGGGAUGGCUUGUUGCUGAGAACCACAUCUGAAGAUAUGGUAUCCCAAAUUAACACUAAUCUUCUGGAAACGAUGUUGACAUGCAAAGCUGCUGUAAGGCAUAUGCUUCAACAGCAGGGAGGUGCUAUUGUUAACAUAGGAAGUAUUGUUGGACUCAAGGGCAAUUCUGGUCAGAGUGUGUACAGUGCCAGCAAAGCAGGGUUAGUUGGAUUUUCACGCUCUCUUGCUAAAGAAGUAGCAAGAAAGAAAAUUCGAGUCAACGUGGUUGCUCCAGGCUUUGUUCACACAGAGAUGACUGCACGUUUGAAAGAAGAUCAGUUGAAGAAAACUAUUCCUCUUGGAAGAUUUGGAGAGCCUGAUGAAGUUGCACAAGCUGUUGUCUUUCUUCUGGAGUCUCCCUAUAUUACAGGGCAUAUUCUAGUUGUAGAUGGAGGCUUGCAGCUUCUAAUUUAAAUUCCACAACAGCACUUAUAAAAUGACUUGAAUGAGGGAAAAAUAAACUUGGCUGAUGAAGAUUCUGAGGUGUGUAAUCAAGAUGAUGCUUUCAUGAGUUAGCACUUUUUAAUCAAAACAGUAAAAUAAUCAUGUAUAAGUUAAAUAGUAAACUCUAGAAUGUAAGGUUGUAAUGUAAUAGGUACAUUGGUCAGUUAACUAAAGCCUGCAUAUAUGACGCCAAAUGAGGAAAUGCAUGGUGGAUUCAUUAUAGAACUUUUUUUCAUAACUUCUAUGAAGAGGUGGGGAAAUGGUAAUGAUACUAAAUCACACAUUGAAAUUAAGUACAUUUUUUCUGAAUACCAUUCACAUUUUAUGAUUUGGGAUAGAAUGGGAGCAUCACUCUGAAGCACAACAAGACUUAUAACAUUUGUAAGCCUGUUCAUCGGUCAGUGGUGGUGGUUGCUUAGUUGACCAAAUAUUUCAAAUGUUUCUUUUCAGAAGAAAUGGCAUCAUGUGUAAUGAAAUGGUAAACUCCUCUCUAGGAGGAAGGUCCUCACCUUUUGUUUUUAUUCUCCUGCCAAAUAUUUCCUAAUCAAUACAUUUGUUUAGUGCUAUCUAAUACAUGUAAAUAGUUUAUUUUAUUUCUUGUUUGCAGCUGAGGCAAUGGAGCUGGAAGUUUCAUAGCUCUCCAGCAUAACUGAACUGUCUUUGGGGGAUUGAAAUAGUGUGCAGUGAAAAGUAUUAAUCUUGUGUAAAACAAAAGUUUCUGAGUCCUGUUCUAAAAUAUGUAUUCAACUACCAUUGAAAUCGGUAGCAGUGUGAGUGCAUGUUGAGGUCAUUGCUUAGCCCUUGGAGUGUGGGAUGCCACUUCUGUACAAUGAUUCUAUGACAGUAUUGUAAAUCUGAACUGAAAUUAGCAGUAUAGCUGUGACCCUUUCCACAUUUUCCACAGGGACUUCAUUUACAAGCCAGAAUUUGACAGAAAAGUGUGUAAAUGGUACUAUGUCUUCUCAGUGACUGAAAAAAACAGUUUGAUAUUUAAAAAACAAAUAUUUCCAAAAUAUGAAGCCAAAGCAUGGUGAUCCAUAGCUGCCUUUUUACCAGUCUGGCAGAAGAAUCAGUAAACUGGCUGCUAUCUAUAUCUUGUCCUUAGUAUCUUGCAAGAAAAGUGGGUUAUGUGACAUGUGGUGACUGUCAGCCCAACUCCCAUUUUCUUCCAGUGACUAAAAAUAACUUGUUUUGAGUGAGCCCUACAGCCCUAAUUAUUAUUUGUUUCAGGAAAGUAUGGGACCUUUUUUCCAAUUGGUUGGUUUAUUAGCAAUAGGGUGAUGUUUUUUGUUACUUUUGUGAAUAAAGUUUCAGUUUACAUUUUUCCUAUUGGUGAAUAUAGUGGUGCUCUUACAUAUGUCAGAACGUCUAGUUAUACAUCGUUUUAGGCAAUGUGACUAAUAAUAGUUUUAUUGCCUAUUCCAGUCAGUUCUUAAUUUCCCCUUCAUUUUCCAAAUUAACACUCUUGCAUGUCUCAGUCCUCAAAGUUAGAUUCCCUCUGCAUCUCCUUACUGCGUGUCCUCCAGUGACAGAGGGUCUAGUGUGCUAUUUAUACUCUCUGCUUCUUUGGUAGGAUAUGGUUGUCACUGGAGCCCUAUGUUACCCAUAGUUGGCUCUUGUGGGUGUGGGUUCAACAUGAGACUCAGUGAGACAGGCUAUGUUGUAUAGAUCCCUUUUUCCUUAAGUACAAGCUCACCCUGAUUCUUGUAGUCACAGAGUUUAUCCAGUCUUUACUCUUACCUCCUUACCUGACUCAUAAAAACAGGUAGCUGCAGUGCUCUGGACUUUUCGUAGCUUUUGGAAGCAUAGUGCCAUUCAUAUUCCAUCAACAAGAUCUUCAGGUAGGAAUCAUGCACUGUACUUUUCAGACUAGCAUGUACUUUUCUGCCAGGAACUGCAGCAGGAGAGCAGUGGACAGGCUUGCUUCCACACUGGGGAAAAAAUACACAGGAAAUGUGUUAAGCAGCUGAUAGAUAAAUUAUUCAAUACAAUAAACUAUAUUCAAUGAAGGGAUUUCUUUUUUGCCACUUGAGGGCAGUAUAACCAAAGAUAUAAUCAUAUGGGAAAUUGAAUGGUUCAGAUUAAGACAUUUGUAUAAUUCCAGGAAGGUAGAGAUGACUGCUUUGAUUAAAAGGUUGAUACCUAUAAUAUUUCCACCAGUAUUCUCAACUCCAUGUAGACUGUGUUCUCUUGGGAUUUAUGCUGGGAUUUUGAAAGAGGUUGAAGGAAGCUAGGCAUCCAAUUCCCAUUCAAAUUCAAUGGGAAUUCAAUACCUAAGUCCCAUAGGUUCUUGAAACUCCCAACCUUCAAGCUCAUCUCUAUGGCAUUAUUGUUGUUUAUUGUUAAUAGUGUUUCUAUAACUCAGACUAAAAUUGCUUUUGUUCUAUCUUUGCAUAUUUUCUAAAUUACAGACUAUGGUGAGUACCUGUUCUCCUCACUUGUUCCCUUAACACAGGAUGAGAUAUAUUCCAUGAGGUUGAGAUGAUUGUGUUUUACCUGUUACUUAGCACAGGUUUACUUUUUUUUUUAAAGUGCAGAAUGCAAUUCAGUUAAGGGAAAUUAAUCACAGCUGACCUUCCCAAGUCCAAACACAAAUGCUUAAUAUUAGAUACAAAAUCAGGAUGAAAUGAGCUAAGCUGAAAAGGUGUGAGGCCGGAGGGAAGAUACCUUUUAAUGUGCAGGGGCUGAGCACUAUGCUCAAUGCUUGUAUAAGUGCUCACAACUCUAUUGAAGCAUGGAAGUAUUGAGUACAUUUGCUUUUAGCUUUAGUAGCAGUAUAGUGGUUCAGACUCUGAGGUCCCUGAACCCCAUCUCCCCUCAUUCCAUGAAAGGAGCUGUCUGGACUGCAGUAAUUUGAUUCUGCCCAGUCUAUUGUAUCAUUUGUAUGUACACAUCAGAUCAGGUCAAAUACAUUACCUUCUCUUGACUGCUUUUAUUCUCACACUUUUCUAGGGUUUUAACGGUUUAAUUAGCAAUGCAUAGGUUAGCCAAUAAGAAUAUGAAACUUUUGAUACCAAUGCAAUAUUAUUUUUUGAGAGACUUAAUAUACCCCUAUAGAUUGCCAGUGGUGGGUCUGAUGGCACCACCAUGUGUUCUUGGACAUGCCAAAUGAGAGCCAUUGACUUAUUGUAUCAAAUAGAUGUGGCAUUUAUGCCCACUUUGGGACUGAGUGGUGCUGAGCACAUAUGACUCCCAGUAUAGAUGGUCAGUUGGGGAUCAGGCCCAUAGGAAGCAACUGGAGUUAUUUGUGACUCAGUAUCUAUAUUUAUUAGGGGUGUCGAUUAAUCACAGUUAACUCAUGCGAUUAACUCAAAAAAUUAAUGGCAGUUUUAAUUGCACUGUUAAAUAAUA